AUGACCGUGGUAAAGGUCGGUGCGCCCAAUUUGGAGGGAGAAUAUGAGGCCUUCCUUGAGGAAUUGCAGUGUGCUCUGUCUGAAGUGCCGAAUACAGAGUCCCUCAUACUGAUGGGCGAUUUUAAUGAGCAUGUCGGAGUAGACGCUGAAAACUGCAACGGUGAGAUUGGGAAAACCGGCCCUAGCGACCUCAGAAAUAACGGCAUCAAGUACUUUGCGCUUUUGUACAAACAACGGACUGUCCAUUAUGAACACCUUCUUCGAGCAUCGAAAAGUGCACCUAGUACCGGGAAGCUUGUGCACAGAAGUCGAUGA